AGGGCGUAGGUGGUAUCCUCGUCUCGCAGAACAACAGCGGCGACACGCUCAAGGUGGCCGAGGUGUGAAAGUACAGGGAGCAGCCUCCGAAUCACAAAUUCAUCCUACGAGCCUCGGCUCCAAUUCUGAGCGGCAAGCACGCCGGGUAUUAGUCUACACGUCUCCUCACGCCGCCCUCGCUCAGCGAAUGGUUUAUCGCUACGCGCUGACUAAUUACGAGGAUAUUCUCCCAUUUUUUUCUGUGACUUCGAGUCAUGGAUUCUGUGCUAUUCCCGCCUCCCGCGUUUCGCGAUCGCACGCCGCGAUGGCUCGCCGCGCUCUUCCCGCAUCCUGCCGCGAUGACAGCGGCGCGGGAUUGCGACACGUCCAACCAGGCCGAGGAUCCGCCCUGGUCCAUCCAGUCGCACGUCCAGUCGCACAUCCAGUCGCACAUCCAGUCGCACAUCCAGUCGCACACCGAGUCGCAGGGUGAGCGACAGUCGCAAGGCAGCCACGUAGGCAUGCUGAAAGUCGCCGCGAGUAGCCCCGUGGAUGAUCGUGGCAGGCGGCGGAAGUCGCGUGUGCCGCAGCGUCGCUCGGGUUCUGGCACGGGUCCUCCUUCUAUCGCGUACAAAUCCGGGUCAGCAGCGCCGAUAAGGUUUCGCCCAUAUCUCCCCCCUCCAUCGCCCACGUCGUCCGAGGAAGCGCAUGUGCGGCGCGUGCUGGCGGAAGCGAUGGCGCGUGAUUGGCAGCAUCCGGAAAUUGGCGGAGCGGGCGGAGAAAAGGGCGGAGAGAAGGGCGGAGAUAAGUGCGGAGAGAAGUGCGGAGAGAAGUGCGGAGAGAAGUGCAGAGAGAAGUGCAGAGAAAAGGAACAAGCCUCCUUAGGUUUACCAGAUGAAGCGGUCUCGAAUCCAGACUCGUCGCGGGGGGGGGGAGAAGGGGCAUGCGCGCACGAGCAGCACGACACGUGGGCGCCGAACGUGGCGGAGGAAAGAGCAGUGGUUGCAAGCAUAUGUGGGGGAACAGACAGGGGAAGACAGAUGGAUGGUGCCCCUGAGCCUGAACCUGAGCUAGCCUCACCGCUGCGCUUUAAGUUGGUGUCUGAGUGUGGUGUGAAGUCUCGACCCGAGCCGGGGGUUUCACUGUUGCGGGAAGCAGCCUUGGAUGGAGAGCGAAGGAGGGACGGCUGCCCAGUGAUACCUGGGGCAUCGCAUCCCUGGCGGCUGCCCUGUGGGGGGAUCAUGAGCACGCCCAGGCGGCCAAGUACACGUGAGGGCAUGGACACCAACGGGAUUGAUGUUGCAGGUGCCACUCCUGGCCUGCUCAGCGGGCUGUUGCUGUCCCCCCUGCGGCCACAGGACUUCACCCUGAGUGCUCGUGUGAGGGAGGGAGCAGAGCAGCGGCGGGGGCGGCGGCGGUGGCAGCAGGAGAACCAGGAGCAGGAGCAGGAGCAGCAGCAGCAGCAGCAGCAGCAGCAGCAGAACCAGGAACACCAGCAGCAGCAGCAGCAGCAGCGGCAGGAGGAGGAGGACCAGGAAGAGCAGCAGCAGCAGCUGGGACGGGGCAAGCGCAGUUGUCCUGGGAGGGGUGAGGACAGGAAGUGGGGGCGAGUGGGCUUGGCUGCGUUGGAAGGCGAGCCUUUUGGCCUGUGGAAACGGAAGAAGGCAGAGAAUCGGAGAGAGCAGCAAGGGGAGGACGGGGGGGACGGGGGGGACGAGAAUGUGGGGCGGGAGAGCAAGGCUCAAGAGGUGGGCCGGGGUGAGGAGGAGGAGGAGGCGGGGGAGGAGGAGGAGGAGGCGGGGGAGGAGGAGGAGGAGGGUGAUGAGGAGGGGGAGGAGGAGGGGGAGUGGGAGGAGGGGAAGGGCGUGGAGGAGGAAGCUGAAGAGGAUGUGGAAGUGGAAAAGGAGGAGGAGGAGGAGGGAAUGGAAGUGGAAGAGGAAGAGGAGAAGGAGGAAGGGGAUACGGAGGAAGAGGCGGAGGAGGAGGAAGGAGAGAAGGUCAUUCAGGAAGAGGAGGAGGAGACGAAGGAGAAGGAGAAGGAGAAGGAGAACAAGGAAAAGGAUUCUAUGGGAUGGAAAAUUGGAGCAAGGAGGCGGAAGUUUGUGUCACUGGCUCUCGUGUGUUCGCGAGACAGAAAGAGGGUGAGCAGUGAGAGUGAGGGGGUUGCAAGAUAUGCCGAAAAAGAGAGUGGAGCGAGUGCGAUUGGUGGAAGUCAAGGAGGAGGAGGUGGUGGAGGAGGGGGGGAGGAGGAGGAGGAGGAGGAGGAGGAGGAGGAGGAGGAGGAGGAGGAGGAGGAGGUGGUGGUGGUGUGGGGGGAAGGCGGAAGGCGAGGGUAGGGAAGGGGACAAGGUAAAGGACAAGGCAAGGGGCACGUUAGAGGAGGCUGGCGGGACUUGUAGUGAGAAUAUCACUGAAGAGGUUACAGAAGCGAAAGGGGUAAAGGGGAGGAGAAUGGCUGGAAGACAGCAGGACUGGAUAGGAGGGCUGAUGAUGACGAAACGAUGCCCAGGAGGUUUAGGG